AUGGCUCCACGCGGUCGUUCAUCUUCCACCGCUGAUGAAGUGGUGCCUAAGAAGCGCGGUGCAAAGUCGAAAUCGAGAGUCGACACUAACGAUGACAGUAAAACACCAAGCAGUGUACCUUCUUCGUCUGUAGGCCUUUCAAAGGGUUCUACGCGUAAAGUAGAGGCGAAACCUGAAAGCAAGUCUGCAAAGGCUUCCGACAAAGCGACCUCUUCAAAGCAAUCCCCGAAGCCAGUCGCUAAAGCACGUCGCGGAAUCUCCAAGUCCAUCUCUAUGUCGAAGUCCAAGUCCAGGUUGACUGCGACUUCGCGAAAGGGUAAGGAGCGCGCGAAACGAAUCGAAUGGAGAAACCCUGGGUACGACAAGCCUCGGCAGCUCUUGCAAUACCGCGACACUGGCUAUAAGGCGUUACCGGAGGGCAGGGAACGUGCCAAGUACGCUAAGCGCGUCUCCCGCCGGAUCCUGGAACUGUUCGACUUCGAAGAUCGCACGGACGAGGAAGUGCAGCAGGCUGUUGCGAAUUGGUUUCAUAACCGCAAGAAUGAAGUAUUCGACGGCGUACACAGACUCAGUAUCGACAAAGAGGAGCUGCCGGACUCCGGACAGGACGACGACGACGACGAAGACGACGACGACGACGACGAUGACGAUGACGACGACGACGACGACGAGGAGCAGGAGGAGCACUCUUUGGACAAAGAGGCGAAACACGACAACAACGGCGAGGGGAACAGCGACAAUGAGGACGAUGACCAAGUCGACAUCGUACGCACCGACCACCACACCAACCGCGAGAACGUCAGCGACAACGCACCCACCCAGAACUACGACAAAUGGGAGAACGUCAGUGUUGAGAAGCGUAAAGAGCUCAACACCGUUGUACACGCCGAUGACGACGUCGUCGUCGAGGUAGGCGAGGGCGACAACAUGGAUCUCGACGUUAGCCAGAACGGAAACGACUUGUCAUCGCAUCAAGAGAUCAACGACGACGUGGACCAACCGAAUGCCCAAUGUUUUGAGAAUCAAUCCCGAAUUGACGAUCUGAUCUACGAGCGGCUCUCCCGUCUUUGCGGUUUCAAAUCCGACGGCGUCGGCAAGAUCCUCAUACAGUGCAUAGGUCAGACCAGAAAAGCGGACCAAUCGUACAUGCAUUUCGGAGGUGGCAGCUCCGAUGAGGAGCGCCUUCGAUGGCGCCAGUUUGUGUAUGAAGCAUUACCGCUCAACCCAAUAAAGCGAUAUGACCGAUUGUUGUAUACCGAGGACAACUGUCCAGUUUUGCCGGAGUGGGAGGAUGACUGGACCAGGGUCACCGGUGCGAACGUGUUAGAGGCCUUCAUGAGGGCGUUGUGGGACUUCUACCAUCUUGGUUACCCCCCCUGCGAGCUGGAUUUCGAAGCCGUGGCAGCAGCACCUGCGCGUUUUCUUCCACCUUCGUGGCGUUCGAAGGGCAUUCGCGAUCCGACAAGAAUGAACAUGUCGGAAGUCGUUUCCCUCCACCGCGCGAUGUACGACGCUCAGUACACCAACAACCCCUUUCAUUUCAUGGAAAGCGAUGAUGAAGAUCAAGAGGACGAUACAGCCAGUGAAGUCAGCAACUCCUCCGUCCUCGAACGACCGACAAAGCCAUCUGGCGCUACGCUUCGCGAAGGAUCUGUGCGCGACGACUCCCCACCAAAUGAUCAGCAAAGCGACUCUGUCCCACACGGCCUUCCGCAACAGGAAACUGCAAUGCGUUACCAACGUGGGGGUGAGGUUGUUGCGCCGGUGGAGCCACAGAGCCAUAUCCCUUCAGGACUCCCCGAUGUCACCGAUUCGAACGACUAUCCGAGCAAUGUUCAACUCCGGGCGCAAUUCGCAUACAAGGACACUCCCAGCGAUGCUGCACCAUCUGACAUUUCCAGACACGAUGCAGAGGUAGUGGAUCGACGCUCACAGCACGACAUCUUUGCCGAAGAGAAGUCAUACGACGGUUCAAAGCAGCAGGGAAAUCGCGUGUUCGACCAACGGCAUGAAGGUUUCGGCUCGGUUAUGGAUCGCGAACUUUUUGACCCGCACACGCGUUCACUGCAGGGCGAUUAUACGUUUGUGAAGUCAUCCAAUAUUCUUCCGUACCAUAUUGACGUUCUGCAACACUACAGAAGUGCAUCGCCACAGCCAAAUGUUGAUCGUGCAAGGCCCUACUCGCGCAGCGAUGAAGACGUUCGCAUCGACGCACGCGACAAUGUCAAGGACGGUGCAGAUGAAGGUCGCGUGCAAGACGCUCGGCCGGUUGAUGACCAUUUGUUCGAACUGUCUCCUGGCAACGCUAUACAGCAAGAAUUCUUUGCGCAAGAUGGCCCGUCUCACGGUUCUCGCCGCAGUCGCAGUGCUGUACCGGAAGAACUGCUGAUUUCUCUCACUACUCGUCCAUCAACUUCACUGAAUGUGUCUGGUAUCGCCGGCGACUAUAGAGUCGCAACGGAGACUGUAGGCUCUUACGACACCGCUGGCGGCGGAUCUUCGAGGAUACUAUGCGGCGCGUCUGAUAAGCAGUCUCAGAUCAACGCCAGUUCUCCCGCAGUGAACGACAAAGCAAAUGAGGGGACGUUGUUCGCAGGCACGGCGUCUGGUGGGAAGCGCAAGGAAGCUGCUGAAGACGAUGAAGAUCGCGUUGUCAAGAAGAAGCGUGUAAGGAAGACAGACAGUUCUUAUAUCCCGCCGUCUCAAGACGCCACUUUCGCAGAGCAUCUCAUUGGUAGGGACGAACACCUUGAUAAUGGGAGCGUUGCUAAUGAUAAUCGGCCAGACGCUGCAUCUCCCGCUAUAGGAGAUCUGAAUGCCAACGCUGCGGAUAAGACGCCAGACAUCUAA